AUGGACGAGUUGUUAGAGAUCUUUCUCUGGAAGACUGGGAAUGGUGGCGAGAAACUACGACUGGACCAGAUUUCUUGUCUCUCCCAGUCCUGGCCAGACCUGGGUAGAGAUGUGAUCAUCAAGUGCCUUGGGGACGGUGGUUUUACCGUGCGGCCGUUGCCAAGUAGCAAGAAUUACUUUGAAGAUUUCUGCACUGAUCUUGAAGGUCCUGAAGUGGAAUUGAUGCAGCAAAUAUUUGAUGAGAGAUCUAUCCUGUUCCUUGGCUGUGACCCCGAGCGCACGGAGUACAAAAAUUUCUUCCAAAAAUUUGCGGUUAACGCCAAGAUGAAACAUUACAAGUUUGAGACUUACUGGGACUCAGACCUUCAUGAAAAUGGAAAUCUUCUUACAUUAAAGGCAAUCAUACAACCGUGGGAGUUCGUGCAAUGUUUGAGUACAGGCACAAUUCAAGAAGAAUUCCAGUCAGGAAAGGUAAGUAUAAAAAUGGUUACAAUUGAUGAAAAGCUCUCCGCUGUCCACAGUAGUUUAAUGAAUGACGGACCUAACGUGCCCAACUAACUAUAUCAGUCUUUGAAAGACCAACUGAGGAAACAGUGAGUGUUUACGUGGGAAACUGGCGUCGAUUCGUCGACGCACUAAUCGGAUUGGCAACUAGUCAAUACGAUGGCUGACCCACUUAUCAGCAGGGCUAGCUGAUAUUGACCCGUGACCAUACCUAACAAGCAGCUAACUUCUGGUUCAGCAACCUACGAAUUGUUAAAAAUUAAACCUCUUUUACAGUUAAAAAGUUUAAUUAUGUGUCUGUAUAGAUUGAUAGCUCACUUUCUUUUCUAAAGGUAUAUGAAAGAUCCUACCUGCGAACUCAGAGGGAAGAG